AUGGGUUCCAUUUCGACUGCUGGCGAGGCUGUCGCCCGCAUCGCACACUUGGCCUCCGACGUGAUUGUGUCGGUGCUGCCUUCAUUGAAGGAGGACUCCGAGUUCUCCGAGGCGCUGCGCACAUUGCAGCAGAGCAACGCGCCUUCCAUUGUUGCCAAGCAGCAGCCAGAGCUCCUUUCUGUCCGCCAGAAUGCAGACCCUCUCCUUUCUGUCUUCCAGCCCAUCCGUGCUGGUAAGCUCACCAGCGUCACCACCGCCUCGUCGAUUCUGGUCAAGUCGAUACCACACCUCUACAAGCUCGCCCAAUACCCUGUCGUUCUCCAUGUCUCGGUGCAGCCCGCCGGCUUUCCAGACUUCUCUGAUAUCACAUCCAUCAGACAGUCUGGCUUCACAUUCCUGCAGUCCGAGACACUGCAGGAGGCACAGGACAUUGCCUUGACCGCACAUGCUUUGGCUGUCAGGUCAGGCAAGGGUGUCGUUCACUUCUUCGACUCAGGCGCGUCUGCCUUCAAGAAGGCGAUUGCACACGAGGACGUCGAGCUCGUUCGACGCGUCAUUGACCUUGACGCCGCGGCAGCCUACCAGAACACAAAGUCAAUCGAGACUUCCCUGUAUGCCGAUGACGGCCGGAGCGCCACCGUCUCUUUCGCUCGCAGCCAGACAUCGAACAGCAACUACACCAAGGCCACACCCUUGAGCUCUUCAGAGCUGCGAUCCGUCCCAGUAUCGGAGAGGAACAGCCAGCGCGCAGACUCGUCUUCUGGUUCAUCACAGCGUGACGCCAGCCAGAGCGGUGCCUCGGUUUCUUCUGCAACCACGGUCGACUCAUUGGUCUCGAAGCCAGUCUCAUCAGAGGAUAUCUACCGAUUCGCCUCGCAGAUCUGGACGACCAUCAGGGAGUCUACCGGACGUACCUACGAUGCAUUCUCCUACACCGGCGGCGGCAACGAGGAAGCUGCCAUCUUCUUGUUCGGUGCCGAUACCGGCAUCUUCGCCACCGAGCUCGAUUCCGCAGAUGAUUCGGAAGCCUACGCCAACGCUGGUCUCAUCACAGCGAGGAUGUACCGGCCGUGGUUGGGUGCAUCCCUUGCCCCACUGCUCCCCAAAUCGAUCAAGAAGAUCGCUGUCCUAGAGCAGGUUCGCCGCAAGACGACCAAGUGGGGACCUGUCCUUCUGGAUCUGUUGAUGUCACUCAAGUCAACUGGUGGCGCAUCACCCACCGUUGUUGGUUUCCAAUUGGGCUUCAUUGAUGAGAAGACCGUUCAGCAGGCUCUGCGUGGCGUAUGGCAGAACCUUACAAGCGAGUCGCCUCUCCAGAACCUCCAGAUUGGUAACAUGAACGGCCCAAAAGCUGAGCCGGCGAAGCUCGAGAAGCCUACUCUCGAGAACGCCUACGUCAAGAUUUUGGAUCAGGUCUUUGGUGACAAGCUUCACGUCGCCAACCAGCUCGGCGCACAAAACGCUGGCGUCUCGAAUGAGAUCUCAGCAAGCCCCGAGUAUGGGUUUGGAUCACUCAUCGCCCGAAAGGAGCACAGGAAGCGAUUCAUCGACGAGGCCGCAUCUGCUUCCAAGAGCAACGACUUCAUCACAAGCGCGCCCAAAGAGUGGUUGUCCAAGUGGGCGCUUAGCGCAAACAAUGCUGUUGAGGCUAACGACCUUGCACCCGAGGUCAUCGCACGCUUGAGCACCGACGGUUCAGCCACUGCCAGCAAGUUCCUUGAAUCGAAGAAGCUUUUCUACCAGGAGUCGCCCUGGUUGGUUGGCUCUGACGCCUGGGCAUACGACCUCGGAAACUCUGGUGUUCACCACGUUCUGGAGUCUGGCGAGAAUGUCAACAUGCUCAUUAUCGACUCCACACCUUACUCCGAGCGCGCCGCUGCCGACUCUGUACGCAGGAAGAAGGACAUUGGUCUGUACGCCAUGAACUUUGGCAACGCUUACGUUGCCUCUGUUGCUGUGUACAGUUCCUACACCCAAGUCCUCGAGGCCAUGAUUGAGGCCGACAAAUUCGACGGUCCCUCGGUUGUUCUCGCCUACCUGCCGUACGAGAAGGAGAACGACUCGCCCUUGACAGUUUUGCAGGAAACCAAGAAGGCUGUCGACCUUGGAUACUGGCCAUUAUACCGCUGGGACCCCAAGGGUGACGACAAGGGCGAGCCCAACUUUCAGCUUGACUCGGAGAGGAUCAAGAAGGAGUUGGAGGAGUUCCUUGCUCGCGACAACUACAUGUCUCAAGUUAUGAAGAGGCACCCUCAGUUUGCCUCUAACGUGUCUGGUAACUUCGGGACCGAGGUCAGACAGCUGCAGAAGCGCAAAGCUAAGGAUGCGUACAGCCAGCUCCUUGACGGUCUUGCUGGUGACCCAUUGACUAUUCUUUUCGCUUCCGACAACGGCAACGCUGAGAAGGUCUCGAAGCGUCUAGGCAACCGCGGUAAGGCGCGAGGCCUCAAGACUAUGGUCAUGGCCAUGGACGACUUCCCUCUCGAAGAUCUCCCCAACGAGCAGAACGUCGUUUUCAUCACUAGUGUUGCUGGUCAGGGUGAAUUUCCCCAGAACGGGCGAACCACGUGGGAGACCAUCAAGGACUCUACAGACUUGGACCUUGCUACUGUCAACUUCUCCACCUUUGGUCUCGGUGACAGCCACUACUGGCCCCGCAAGGAGGACAAGAUCUACUACAACAAGCCUGUCAAGGAUCUGCACGCUCGUCUUGUCACGCUUGGCGGUAAGGAGCUCGCGCCCGUCGGCCUUGGAGAUGAUCAGGACCCUGAUGCGUACGAGACGGCAUACCAGGAGUGGGAGCCCAAGCUCUGGCAAUCGCUGGGUGUUGAUAACGUCGAGGGUCUUCCUGAGGAGCCUCCGCCAAUUACGAACGAGGACAUGAAGGCUGCCUCGAACUUCCUCCGUGGUACCAUCGAGGAGGGUCUGGCCGACACGUCCACUGGAGCUAUCUCUGCUAGCGACCAGCAGCUCACCAAAUUCCACGGCACCUACAUGCAGGACGACCGUGACCUCCGUGACGAGCGUAAGGCGCAAGGUCUUGAGCCAGCUUACUCGUUCAUGAUCCGAUGCAGACUUGCUGGUGGUGUCGCUACACCCAAGCAGUGGCUGCAGAUGGACGAGAUCAGCAACAGGCUUGGUAACGAGACUAUGAAGCUGACCACCCGCCAAACCUUCCAAUUCCACGGUAUCGUCAAGGGCAAGCUCAAGCCAGCAAUGCAGGCCAUCAACAAGUCGAUGAUGACCACCAUCGCUGCCUGCGGUGACGUUAACCGUAACGUCAUGUGCAGUUCUCUUCCUACUCACUCCGGUUACCACGCACAGGUGCACGCUGUUUCUCAGAAGAUCAGCGACCACCUGCUUCCAAACACCAGCGCGUACCACGAAAUCUGGCUCGAGGACGACGAGACAAAGGAGAAGCGCAAGAUUGCUGGCGAGGCCGUUCAGGACCACGAGCCGCUCUACGGUCCUCUCUACCUCCCUAGGAAGUUCAAGAUUACCAUCGCUAUCCCACCCCACAACGACACCGAUGUCUAUGCUCACGAUGUCGGUCUGAUUGCUAUCAAGGGUGCUGACGGCAACCUUGUUGGUUUCAAUAUCCUUGCUGGUGGUGGUAUGGGUGUUACACAUAACAACAAGAAGACGUACCCCCGGACCGGUAGCAUGUUUGGUUACGUUCCCACCGAUCAGGCUCACAUUGUUUGCGAGAAGAUCAUGUUGGUGCAACGUGACCACGGCGACCGUAAGAACAGGAAGUACGCCCGCCUAAAGUACACAAUCGACGACAUGGGUGUCGAUGUCUUCCGUGGCAAGGUUGAAGAGUUGUGGGGCCAGAAGUUUGCUGACCCUGCGCCCUUCAAGUUCGACAGCAACGUCGACACAUUCGGCUGGCAGAAGGAUGAAAAUGGUCUCAACCACUUCACCCUCUUCAUCGAGAACGGUCGCAUUGAGGACACUGCCGAGUUCCCGAUGAAGACCGGUCUCAUCGAGGUCGCUAAGGCACACAAGGGCGAGUUCAGAUUGACUGGCAACCAGCACUUGAUCUUGUCCAACGUUCAUGAUGAUGACCUCCCGGCUAUGAAGGACCUUCUUAAGAAGUGGAAACUCGACAACAUCCACUUCUCGGGCAUGAGGCUGUCGAGUUCCGCAUGUGUGGCUUUCCCAACAUGCGGUCUUGCCAUGGCUGAAUCUGAGCGCUACCUUCCCGUCCUCAUUUCCAAGCUUGAGGGUACACUCGAGGAGGCUGGUCUUCGACAAGAGAGCAUUGUCAUGCGCAUGACUGGUUGCCCUAACGGUUGCGCGCGUCCCUGGCUUGCUGAGGUUGCGUUCGUUGGUAAGGCUUACGGUGCAUACAACAUGUACCUUGGUGGUGGUUACCACGGCCAGCGUCUGAACAAGUUGUACAGGAGCUCGAUUAAGGAAGAGGAGAUUCUUGAGAUCAUGCAGCCAAUGAUCAAGCACUACGCCAAGGAGAGGAAUGAUGGCGAGCACUUCGGUGAUUUCGUCAUCAGGAAGGGGUACAUCAACGAGACCACACACGGAACCAACUUCCACGACAACACUGCGGAAGAUGAGUCUGACGGAGAGUAA